AGGUGAGAGUGCUGCCUGUUCCCCCCACUUACAGUUGGUUAAUACUUUGACAUAUCUUUUUAACAUAUCGGCAAAACAGACGCAUCACACAGGCUGCCGGUCGUUAGGAUCCUCUCUUGUUUUCCGUGUCGUUAACAUGAAAGCACAGACGCUUAUUCAAAUGAAAUUCUCUGUGUGUGUAGCUGAGCCCUGUUUUCCUGUCUGGAGCCGUGACACACCCGAAAGCUUUAAUAAUGUUACCUGAUGGCCGAACACUUCGGAAUAUACGCACCUCAGAAGAAAUAUGUUAAAUAUUAUAAUACAACCAAGAGGUGCGCGCAGCUGGUGAUGUCGGUCUCUCAGGUGUGUCCUGGUCUGUUCCUCAGCGGACUGGACUCGGCGCUGAAGUUCAGCAUCCUCUCCAGCAGAAACAUCACGCUCAUCAUUAAUGCCAGCGGACUGCAGGAUGUGUCUUACCCUCAGCUGGAUGGCCUUCAGGUCUUCCACGUCCCCAUUCAGGAUCAACCUCAUGCCCCCCUGAGGAACUACUUUGACCCAGUCGCUGAACGGAUCAACGGGAACCAAACAGGGCGGACUCUCGUCCACUGCACUGCCGGCAGGAGCCGAUCCCCUGCUCUGAUCAUGGCCUACCUGAUGAGGUUUGAAGGUCUCAGCCUCCGCCGGGCUCAUGAAGUCGUUCUGGAGCAGCGGCCGUUCAUUCGACCCAACGCUGGCUUCUGGAGGCAGCUGAUGGACUACGAGAGGACUCUGUUUGGCAGGAACACAGUGAGGAUGGUGAGGACAGCCGGCGGAGUCCUGCCUGAAGCUCUGGAGGACUCCGACGACACAAACUCCACUGCAGCCUACUGUGUCAACGUCUGACAACAUACCAACACUGAGGCUUGUGGAGGCGGGAAGGGGAGGAGGUCGCUCCUCUUAUGUGAUCCUACCCACUGGCCCGAUGUGGACGUCGCAGCUGAGAGUGAGAGCUCCCAAAGACGUCCCCCCUUGGUGAUCGCUCUGUUCGCCUGUUAUGGACCCCCACCGGUGGAAGAGGGCUCCUGUGAUCCCUCAGCACCGGCCCUGGUCACUCAAGAACUCUAUUGGGACUUACACCCCUAACCAACAGGCAGUUCUGAGGCCUCACCGGACGCGAACACCUGGUCAGUCCUGGGAGGGGUCCCCAUACAGGCUCUGAACCCUACAGAAUGUGGAGUUUGACGCGUCUCUGUAGGUUUUGUAAUGUCUCUCUCAGAAUGAACCAUCACACGAGGGCUCGUAAUGUUUUGUGGGGGUUUAUUCACUCGGUGAUACAGAGUCAUAAAGACAAGAUCAAAGAGAAUUAGUAAUAAAAGUUUUAAAAAGACA